AUGAAGCAAACAACUUCCCUCCUCCUCUCAGCCAUCGCUGCGACCAGCAGUUUCACAGGCCUAACAGCCGCCCAAAAGCUCGCCUUUGCGCACGUCGUCGUCGGCGACACCGCAGCACACACCCAAUCCACCUGGGAGAACGACAUCACUCUCGCGCACGACGCUGGUCUAGAUGCCUUUGCGCUCAACGGCGGGKAUCCCGACAGCAACGUCCCAACGCAAAUCGCUAAUGCCUUUGCGGCUUGUGAGGCGCUCGCAAAUGGAUUCAAGCUUUUCAUUUCUUUCGAUUACCUAGGCGGUGGUCAGACAUGGCCUGCAUCGGAGGUUGUGUCUGUGCUGCAGGAGUAUGCUAGCUCGGAUUGCUAUUUGACCUAUGACAGCAAGCCUUUCGUCUCUACGUUUGAGGGUACGGGCAACAUUGGGGAUUGGGCGCAGGGAGGCACGAUUCGCUCGGCGGUUGAUGUGUACUUCGUACCAGAUUGGACUAGUUUGGGACCUAGUGGGAUUACUCAGUACCUCGACAACAUUGAUGGAUUCUUCAGCUGGAACAUGUGGCCUGCAGGUGCUGCCGACAUGACCGACGAGCCUGACCUCGAAUGGGUCAGCGCGAUUGGCUCCAAGACUUACAUGAUGGGCGUUUCCCCGUGGUUCUUCCACAGUGCAAGCGGAGGCACCGACUGGGUCUGGCGUGGUGAUGACCUCUGGGCUGACCGAUGGAACCAAGUCAUGAGCGUCGACCCCCAAUUCGUCGAAGUUGUCACAUGGAACGACUGGGGUGAAGCCUCCUACAUCGGACCCUUCGUGACCGACAGCGAAGUACCCUCCGGCUCAUCCGUCUACGUCGACAAUAUGCCACACGAAAGCUUCCGCGACUUCCUACCCUAUUACAUCGCAACUUUCAAGGGCGACACAUUCGAUAUUUCCCGCGACCAGAUGCAAUACUGGUACCGUCUUGCGCCCGCCGCCGCAGGCAGCGAGUGCGGCGUCUACGGCAACGAUCCGGACCAGGGUCAGACUGCAGUUGACGUCAACUCCGUCGUUCAGGACAAGGUGUUUUUCAGCGCGUUGUUGACGUCGGCUGCUACUGUGACGGUGCAGAUUGGAAGCAAUGCUGCGGUUUCGUAUGAUGGUGUUGCGGGUAUCAACCACUGGAGCCAGGACUUUAAUGGUCAGACUGGUGCGGUUACAUUUAGCGUCGUCAGGAAUGGUGCUACGGUUAACAGCGGCACUGGAGCCGAGAUUACUGCUUCAACUUCAUUGUCGAAUGGUUGCACCAACUACAACACUUGGGUUGGUAGCUUCUAG